UUUUCAUUGUUAUUUGAAAUGUUUUAAUUCAAUGAUAAUUCAAUGAAAAUGACGAUGAUGAUGUGAUUCAUCUUACAUUAUCAAAAUGGUGAUUUGAAUGGAUAAAUUCACUAAAAGAAAACCGUGUCAUUGAUAAUAAUGGAAAUGGUUAUGAAAACUUUACAUUUUUGUUGUUGUUCAGAUUCUGGUUCUAGUUCCGGUUUAGUUUCAUCAUCAUCAUCAUCAUUGCAAUCAGCUAUGGCCAUGCCACCAGAACAGCAGCAAUGGCUGCAAAGAAAAAUGAAAAAAAGAAGAAAAAGAAAAAGAUUCACUGAACAAAACGAACAAAUAAUAAUGUUCGAACCAGAAUCAUCUUUAUUGCCUUGGGCACAAUCAUCAUCAUCGUCAUCAGUGUCAUUAUUAAAUCGAUUUAUCGAUACAAUUAUCAAUACUUUUUUUGUAAUGCUAACUUUGUUUCAUCCACUUUGUCAUUAUUAUUGUAAUAUUUUUGUUGUUAAUAAUUUAUUUCGUCAAUCAAAACAUCAAUCAUCAAUGCUCAUCAUCAUUACCAUCAUUGGAUUACUCAGUCCGAUCACUGUAUUGGCUAGUAAUGGUCAAUAUUUAUAUCAACCACAACAACAACAGAGAAAACUUCAAUAUGAAUUUCAUCCGAAUCAAAAACAACAUGACCAGCAACAACUUUUUGUUGAAACACCACCGCCAUCAUUAGAAUUUGCCGAAUUACAAAUGGAUCAGCCUUCAUCUUCAUCAUCGACGUCAUCAUCAUCAUCAUCAUCAGCGGUUAUUGUAAUUAGUGGACAAAAAGCACAGCUUAUUUGUCCAUUAAUCGAUCCAUCCAAAAUGAUUACAAAUAAAAAACUUUUGCCUUCAUCUGCUGCCAAUACUGCUGCUGUUAUUGAUAAUAGUAAUUCUGUCUCAUCAUCAUCAUCAGUAAUAAUGCCAAUCAAAUGGCAAAAAGAAAAUACAAUACUACCAUAUGAUCAUCGGCAACAUGUACAAACAAAUGGCACGUUGAUUAUACAAUCAUCACAGAAACGUCUGGAUGAAGGUAGCUAUUAUUGCUAUUUUAUAGACGAACAACAACAACAUUUAUUGGACAAUGGAAACAAAUUUUCGCAAUCAUCCAAUAACAAAGAUUUAAUCAUGAAAAAUGGUGCAACUGUUCAUCUAAAAGUGAUGGAUCCACCACACGUAGCACCAUUUGAAUUUCCUGCUGAUUUACAAGUUGGAAUGAAAGCACGUGCAAUGUGUUCAGUAAUGAAAGGUGAUCAACCAUUUCGUUUUCUGUGGUCACAAGAUGGUCAUCGUAUUGAAUCUGAUUUACCUACCGAAGAUACUGGUGCUAUUUAUCGUACACAACAUUUUCGUGAUUAUUCAAUGCUUACUGUUGACAGUUUAACAUUAUCACAUGCUGGCAAUAUAACCUGCGUGGUUUCCAAUGAUGCAGCAAAAACAUCACAAAGUUCAUUGCUCAAAGUUAAUGCGCCACCGCAAUGGCUAAUUGAACCAAAAGACACGCAAGUAAUUCUUCAUCAAUCCGUCAAAAUUGAUUGUCUGGCAUCAGGUUCACCAAAACCAUUUACCACAUGGAAACGUGCCAUAGGUUCCAGCCCUUGGGAGUAUGUACCCAUUUAUAAUGCUGUACAUUAUUAUCUACAUUCAAAUGGCUCACUAACAAUUAAAUCGGCAACACAACAACAAUCUGGUCCUUAUAUUUGUCAAUCAACUAAUGGAUAUGGUUCUGAUAUUGGAAAAUUAAUACAUCUCAAAGUUAAUGAACCACCAAGAUUUACAUUGUCAACAAUAACACAAUCAGCAUAUAAAGAUAAACCAGUACGAUUGAUAUGUCCACCCGAAGGUGAUCAUCCAAUACAUAUGGAAUGGUUCCUAUUGAAUAGUACACAUUUGAAUCUAGAUUCAUCAUUAGAUUCAAAGCGUGAUAAUCAACAUCGUGGAAAAAUAUCAUUAAAUGCUAAUGAUAAUUUCAAUGAUAAAUAUCUAUUCGAAAUCAAGGAAAUUUCAUCGAAAUUUCUCUCAAAUGACGAACGAAACGCUAAUCAAAAUAACAACAACAACGAUAAUAAUAAUGACGAUGAUGAAUUAUUCGACUCAAUAGAUGAUAAUUUGAUUGGUAAUUUCGAACUAGUGGAUCAAGAAUCGCCAUCGUCAACAUUGAAUCAUUUAAUUGUGUCAGUAUUGACAAUACGUAAACCAACACGUGAUGAUUCUCGUAUAUUUCAAUGUAAAGCAAGUAAUGAAUAUGGUUGGGCUGAGAUGAAAAUUCGUCUCAUUGUGAAAGAAAAACCCGAUGUUCCUGAUGAGUUUUCCAUUACAAACGUGACUGAAUCAAAAGCGGAAAUACGUUGGCAUGAAUCAUUUAACGGAAAUUCUAUCAUUGUUAAAUAUGUGGUUCAAUAUCGUCUAAUUGUUCAUCAUCAUAAUGAUAUAACAUCAACCGAAUCAUCAACAUCGAUUAAUAAUCGUAAUCAUAAUAAUGAUGAUAAUGACGAUCAAACAAUGACAACAACAACAACAACAACUGCAAUUCAAACAAUAACCAUGCCGAUCGAAAAAAUCAUUUCCAAUGGAUCAUUACGACAAACAAUUAUCAGUGAUCUACGUUCAAAUUCGUUAUAUCAAAUUCGUAUUGCAGCUGUAAAUCGUUUGGGACAAAGUGAUUAUUCGAAAUGGAUGCGUUUUCGAACUGAACAAAGUGCACCAGAAAGUCCACCAAUCGAUGUAAUGGCCACACCAACUGGACCAAAUUCAGUUAAAAUAACCUGGAAGGCACCAAAAAAAUCCGAAUGGAAUGGUGAAAUUAGUGGUUAUUAUAUUGGUUAUCGUGCCGAAAAAUCCGAUACCGAUCUAUAUAAAACAAUUGAAAAUGUACAGAUGAAUGGCCGUCAUGAAUCGCAUAUAACUAAUCUACAUCGAUCAACCAUUUAUAAAGCAUGGGUACAAGCAUUCAAUACACGUGGUACUGGACCACGGUCCGAAGUUGUGUCCGUACAAACAUUAGCUGAUGUACCACCAAGUGCACCAUUAUUACGUUUACAUUCAUCUACAAGUGAUUCGAUAACAAUAUCCUGGUCAUCAGCUACAUAUGGUGGUGGUAGUAAUUCGCGAACAACUAGUUCGUCAUCGAAUGAUUUAACUCUUUAUUAUCGUUCAUAUCAACCAUUAUCAUCAUCAUUAUCAUCUUCAUCGACGAAUAUGGUUGACCAUCCAUUUGCACCUGGUGCUAAAAUCUUACACCAUUCAAUGAAUAAUAAUAAUAAUAAUGGACAACAAUCAAUGAUAAUAUCAAAUAACUGGCAUGAUAUAUCCAUACUUGAACCAAAUGGUCGUCAUACUGUUACCGGUUUGGAGUGUGGACGUUCAUAUGAAUUUUUCGCUACAGCACAUAAUUCUGUUGGUAAAUCUGAACCAAGUACACCAUUAAUUGCACGUACAAGAGGUGAAGCUCCAACACCACCACCAAGAAAUAGUUUAAUAAGUGAAACUAUUGCUGGUGGUGGACCAUAUGGUAAUGUCGUGGUUGGCAGUGGUGGUGGUGGUGGUGGUGGUUCAGCGAUUCCAGCCAUUAUUGUCAAUCUGGUCAAUUGGAAAAAUAACGAAUGUCCAAUCAAUCAUUUUACAUUACGUAUUCGGCCCUCACCAUCAAAGUCACAGCCACCAUCAAGUGCCUUACAGCAACAACAACAGCAACACCCAUCAUCAUCAUCAUCGUCAACAAUGUCAAAUCCAAGCUGGUCCAUAUUAGCUAUGCAACAUAAUCCUCGUGAAAAUUUUUUACUACGAAAAUUGACGCCCAGUACAGCAUAUGAAAUCGAAAUAACAGCUCAUUCAUCAGCCGGUUCGACACAAGUGAUCCAUCAAUUUAUUACGCCCAACAUUACAAAUGGCGAUUCAUCAUUUUUAAACAAAAUUGGUUUUGAAAAUUCAAAAAUUGCAUCAAUCGCCUAUCCACCAAUGCCAUCAUCAACGAAUGAAAUUUCAUUCGCCGAUUAUGAAAUAUUAUUACCGGUGAUAUCAUCAUUGAUUGUUGUCAUUGUUAUUGUAGCUGUUGCAUGUUUUCUUUGCUCACGUGAUCAUCAUUCAUUAUUUUUACAGCCAAUUGGCCAUCAAAGACAAAGACAUCCAUCAACAUCAUCAUCGGAGAAUAAAGUGCCUUUCCAUCAUCCACAUCAUCAUCAUCACCACCAUCAUAAUUCGAAUGAUCCAAAUGAUAUACAACAACAACAAGAAAUGUCAAUAUUAAAAGAAUUGGUUCGUUCUAGUUCAAUAACCAUUAUGGAUGGUUUACAUCACAUGAAUGGUGGUGCUGGUCAUCAAUCAGAUUCAUCAACAAUAUUAACAACCACUAAUGAUGGUCAUCAAAUUACAAAUGGCCAUGUUAUUGGUAUUGGUUUAGGUGAUUAUGAUAAUCGAUGUAUCGAUAGUGAACCAACAUCAUUGAUUAAUCAAUGUGAACAACAACAACAACAAUUACGUAAUAAUAAUCAUUCACAUCUACAUCAUCGCCAUCAUCAUCAACUUACAUUAAUGUCGCCUAGACAUCAACAGUCAAAAGCAAUGGCCAAAGAUUUGGUUGAAUUACAAUCAUUUUUAAAUAACUCUACAAAUAAUAAUAACAAUGGAUAUAUACAACAACCGCAACCAUCACAGAAACGUGUUGUUGGUCAAUCAGGAAAUUAUGCCUUACCAUAUGAUGUAUUACCUGUCUCACAGCCAAAACAACAAUCUGGUAUGAUAAUCUAUGGACAACGCACCAAUGUGACUGAACCGUUAUAUGCAACAGCCAAAUUGAUUAACGGUAACGGUGUGGUUGGUGGUGGUUGUUUUAAUUAUGGUCAAAAGGUUGAUGAUAUUGGUAUUACAGCAACGGUAGCAACAGCUUCGGCAUCAUCAUCAUCUGGUUCGACAAAUUAUUCAUCAUCAUCACGUGCCAACUAUGAAACAUUAGUGCCAAUGAUUUGUUCAACAACAACAACGACAACCUCAUCAUCAUCAUCAUCAGGAUCGGCUACAUCGGAAACAAUAUCAACAGCCGCUGCUGCUUCUGGAACAAAUACAUUAAUGAUGAUUACAUCUGAUAUGGCAUUACGAUGACAAACAUCAUUUUCUUUUGUA